AUGCCACAUACAAACGCGCCUUCCAAGCGAUGGUCUCAACGGCUGGAUACCGACAUCUGCAAGCCACUUCCAAAGACGCCCAAAGAACACAGCCCUGAGGCGGUGUCGACUGGUAUGUCAAGACAGCCCUCGAGCAUGGGUCAUACACACCCACACCCGCUGACAGCCAUGCGUGAUAUGCCAUCGCCGUGUGCAGUAAACCGGAUGCGAGCGCUGCCGGAGCCACCCAGCAUGGAACGCAGCUACUCGAUCCCGGUAUCGACUCAGAAGGAGUUGGAGCGACAGCACCGGCUUACGCAGAUGCUUCCAGCCAAGUCAAGGUCGCUGGAUACCGGGAUCCAAGCCCAUGAGCUGGCAACGGCGCUACACAAGCUGCCAUUGGCCAGCCCUAUCAUGAAAACGGCAGAAGAGCGAGACAAGGAGUAUGGCUGGCAAGUGUGUCCGAGAGACUGCUGGUGGCUCUAUGGCUGGCCGACCAGUGGAAACGGCAUGACGUUGAGUGAGGCCAAGUACAGAGAUACUGAGUGCUCCACGCCUUCCAUGAUGGAUGACACAGAUUCUGUGAGCACGCAUUCAUGCGCGACAUGGUCGCGCAAACAUUCAUCGUGGACGGCACCGCCCCGUCAUGUCGACAUUUUGAUCGAGCGUCCACACUCGACUAAGCCAGCAGGCGCCGAAGUCGUACCGAUCCACCGCCUUGCGCCAGAACCGCCCGUGUCUGUGGAUGUGCCUGGACUCGGUGCCAUUCAGGCGCCUACCGAGGUGCUCUCGACGCAAUACGCGGAAGACGUAUUGUCGCCCUGUACGCCUUUGCAUGCCGACACCCUUGCUCACAUGUCACAACAGACGGUGCUACCUGCCGUAGUAGCGUCAGAUAUGGAACCACUCCCCACCAUGGCCGAGCCUAUACCUCGCACAUGCCGGCCAUUUUAUGUACACCCUGACCAUGUGUUUUAA